CGUCAGCGCGCCGCCGCCAUCUUUUUCGGCGCUGGCUCCGCAUGGUCUGUGCGGUUUCGCCUUAAUAGUGGUGGGGUACGUCUCUGCCGUGGAAAAGGAUUUUUGCUGUUCUAGUGAGGUUAGCUCCGCCCCGCGUCCUCCCGCCUCAGGAACCUGGCGAUUCCGGCGUAUUCCUGAUUCAUAAGCUUCCCUGAGGCGAUCUUGGCAUGAAGGAAGAGAGAGCAUUGAGGCGCAUUCCACCAUCAGCUUCAGAGGAUGGCAGCCAUUGAUUUGUCUUGCGAAUGGGAAAUACAACCUAGAUCCCAAGGGCCAUCACAUCAGCAGGGUUUUUUGAAGAAUGAAAUAUUCAAUGGGCUACAAAUGGAAAGAAGCUACAGGUUAGGGAAACUCUGUGACUGUAAGAAUUGUGGAGAGGUCUUCAGUGAAUGGUUUUUCUUUGAGACGCUCAUGAGAGCUCAGAAUGUAGGGAACACUUCUGAGUAUAAUUGUUCUGGAAACGAUGUCCUCUCUGUGCACAAGAAAGCCUCUGUUGGACAGGAACUUUCCAAACUUAAUCCAUGUGGAAAAGUCUUCACCCUAACUCCAGGCCUUGCUGUACAUCUUCAAAUUCUCAAUGCAAGAAAACCCUACAAAUGUAAGGCAUGUGGAAAAGGCUUUAAGUAUUUUGCGAGUCUUGAUAAUCACAUGGGAAUCCACACUGGAGAGAAGCUCUGUGAAUUUCAGGAAUGUGGGGGAGCCAUCACAGCUUCCUCACGACUAAAGCACUGUGUAACAGUUCAUACUGGAAAGAAAUCCAAAAAGACUAAGAAAUGUGGGAAAUCCUUCACUAAUUUUUCUCAACUUUCUGCACAUGGGAAAAAUUAUAAAGGAGAGAAGUCCUUUGAAUGUAAAGAAUGUGGAAGAUCCUUUAGAAAUUCCUCCUGCCUUUAUGAUCACAUUCAAAUUCACACUGGAAUAAAACCACACAAAUGUACUGAGUGUGGAAAAGCAUUCACUAGGUCAACUCAACUUACUGAACAUAUAAGAACUCACACUGGAAUAAAACCCUAUAAAUGUAAGGAAUGUGGGCAAGCCUUCACUCAGUACUCAGGCCUUGCUAUACACAAAGGACAUCACAGUGCUGAGAAACCCUACCAGUGUAAGGAAUGUGGGAAAGGCUUCACUACAUCUACAAGCCUUACUCAACAUACAAGAAUUCACACAGGAGAGAAGCCUUAUAUAUGUGGUGAAUGUGGAAGAACCUUCAUUACUUCUUCCCAUCGUGCUAAACAUUUGAGAACUCAUACUGGAGAAAGGCGCUAUGUAUGCAAGAUAUGUGGGAAAGCAUUUAUGUAUUCCUCGGGCUUUAAUGUUCACUUACGAACUCAUACCGGAGAGAAACCCUUUGUAUGUAAAGAAUGUGGGAAAGCAUUUGCUUCUUCCUCACUCCUAAGUAGACAUGGAACAAUUCAUAGCCGGGCACAGUUGCUCACGCCUGUAAUACCAACAGUUUGGGAGGCCGAGGCAGGUGGAUCAUGAGGUCAGGAGAUCUAGCCUAACAGGAUCACAAAGUC